CUCGACGACAACAACCCGUGCUGGUGAUAUUCGAAAUCAUCAGAAUCCUCAAUCAUGGGUAUCUCACGAGAUAGCAGACACAAGCGCUCCGCCACUGGCGCCAAGAGAGCAUAUUACCGGAAGAAGCGCGCUUUCGAAGCCGGCCGACAAGAGUCGAACACUCGCAUCGGAGCCAAGAGAAUCCACAUAGUCCGUACCCGUGGUGGUAACAAGAAGUACCGUGCCCUUCGUCUCGAAUCCGGCAACUUCUCAUGGGCCUCUGAGGGUAUUGCCCGCAAGGUUCGUGUGAUUGUCGUCGCUUUCCACCCUUCCAACAACGAACUUAUCCGAACCAACACCCUUACCCGAUCCGCUGUCGUCCAAGUUGAUGCUGCUCCUUUCCGACAAUGGUACGAAGCACACUACGGCCAAAACCUCGGUCGCAGACGUCAACAGAAGGCUGGUCAAGAUGUCACUGAGCCCGACACCAAGAAGAGCAAGUCCGUCGAGAAGAAGCACGCCGAUCGUUUCUCAAGCCAAGGAAAGGUUGAGCCCGCUUUGGAGAAGCAGUUCGAGGCUGGUCGUCUGUUCGCCGUCAUCUCUUCGAGACCCGGACAGAGUGGACGCUGUGAUGGAUACAUCUUGGAGGGUGAGGAGUUGGCUUUCUACCAACGUCAAAUCAAGAAGUAAAGGAAUCUUUGCUGGUCUGGCUGGGUUGGUUGGGAUUGUAUUUCUGUGGAG